UGACUGAAAUCGGACGUCUUCAUCGGACUAGCUUGCCGAUUCGCCUAACGGGCUGCCAGUCACCGCUGCCCCGCCUUUUCAUAUUGCAGCAUGGAGGAUAGAAUGUAAAAAAUCUAGAUACUGUGAAGCGAGCAAGGAGGGUGAUCUUCCAAAUUACAAAGACUCCCCCCCUGGAAAAGAUCACAACAAAAGGGACUGGCAACUCUGGCCCUUCCAGACCAGUGAUGCACGAUGCCCAUAGUGGACAAACUGAAAGAGGCUCUGAAGCCGGGUCGGAAGGACUCUGCUGACGACGGCGAUCUCAACAAGCUCCUAGCGUCCUCCGCAAAGAAGGUGCUGCUGCAGAAGAUAGAGUUUGAGCCUGCCAGCAAAGGCUUCUCCUACCAGCUGGAGGCACUCAAGAGCAAGUAUGUCAUCCUCAACCCCAAAUCUGAGGGAGCGACAGGACAGAGGCCCACAGAUGUGAUCCAGAUCAAAAAACAAGUCUCAGAGAAUGCGAGUGGGGGGCACAGCGAUGGCAUCCCUGCCCCUCACAAGAUGCUGUUCCCGAGGAACAGGCUGUCCAUGAAGUGGGAGCGAGUUUAUCGGGUUGGAGCCGGCCUCCACAACCUGGGUAACACCUGCUUCCUCAACUCCACUGUGCAGUGUCUUACCUACACCCCACCACUAGCCAACUACCUCCUGUCCAAGGAGCACAGCAGAGCAUGUCACCAGUCUGGGUUUUGUAUGAUGUGCAUUAUGGAAAACCACUUAAUCCAGGCUUUCGCCAACACUGGCAACGCCAUCAAACCAGUCUCCUUCAUCAGAGACCUGAAAAAAAUUGCCAGACAUUUCCGCUUCGGGAGUCAGGAGGACGCACAUGAAUUCCUGCGCUACACCAUUGAUGCUAUGCAGAAAGCCUGCCUUAACGGUUACACCAAAUUAGACAGACAAACACAGGCUACCACUUUAGUCCAUCAGAUAUUUGGAGGUUACCUCAGGUCAAGAGUCAAGUGUUCCGUUUGCAAAAGCGUGUCGGAUACCUACGACCCUUAUCUGGACAUAGCGGUUGAGAUCCGGCAAGCUCCAAACAUUGUCAGAGCUCUCGAGCUGUUUGUGAAGCCAGAUGUCCUGAUUGGAGAGAACGCCUAUAUGUGUGCAAAGUGCAAGAAAAAAGUGCCAGCGUCUAAACGGUUUACGGUUCAUCGGCCGUCCAACGUCUUAACCUUGUCUCUCAAGAGGUUUGCGAACUUCAGCGGAGGCAAGAUCACCAAGGAUGUUGGUUACCCCGAAUUCUUGAAUAUCCGCCCAUACAUGUCCCAGAGCUCCGGGGACCCUGUUAUGUAUGGACUGUACGCUGUUCUGGUGCAUUCUGGAUAUAGCUGCCACGCUGGUCACUACUACUGCUAUGUUAAGGCCAGCAGUGGACAGUGGUACCAAAUGAAUGAUUCCGUGGUGCAUGCCAGCAAUAUCAAAGUUGUUCUCAACCAGCAGGCCUAUGUUCUGUUUUAUCUAAGAAUCCCAGAUUCAAAGAAGAGCUUGGAUGGUCUCGGGUCUAAGCAGAGCUCAAUCCAGUCUGGUAGGAACAGCAUGACACCAGAACUAACAAAGAAAUCCCCUCUUAAUGGAACUCUUUCUUCACCGCAAGUAGGGAAGAAACUGGAGUCCCCGCAGUUGAGGAAGAUCCAGGCUACUGAUGGAGUUGGUAUUCCGGUCCCCCGUAACGGCACCAGCCAGUCCCCGAAGCUCUCGCAGGGCUCCCAGUCCCCCAGGACCCCCUCCAAGCCUUCCAACGCCCCUGCUGUGAUCGACGAGCCGAUGAAAAAGGUGAAGAAGCCAUCGCCGCCACUUCAGGCACGGGGCAGUCAUGGGCCGGUUGUUAAUGGUACCGGUGGAGGCAGGCCUGAGAGCGACAAACGAUACGGGUCUGAGAGCCGGGGCCUGGCCAUGUCUACCUCAAUGAAAUCACUGUCGGAGGCAACUGCAAAGGGGCAGGAUCAGAAGGAUUUGGACCCUGGUGAAUCCCAUCGCAAGGAGAAGGGGAGCCCUCGUGGCAUUCCCAAUGGAGACACCCCCACAAGGAACUGUUUGAACGGAUUUCAGUCAACCAGUCGAGGGACACCAACCCACGCUGCCACCAAUGGCAAGGGAGCUGAUCUGAGUGGUACAGAGGAGCAGAAGAUGGUGGUGAAGUUAAAACCCCAAGCCCUGAUGAACGUCUCCUCCGAACCCACCAGCACCAUGUCGCCCCCGCCUGCCAAGAAGCUGGCACUCUCAGCUAAGAAGGCGGACAGCUCCCUCCAGACACCGAGCGGCAGUGAGCCUCAGUUCUCUCCACGCCAUCCGUCCAGCAAUCCCCCUCAUCCAGUGAAACACCAACACCUCACCUCCUCAUCGCCAGCACACAAGAACAGGGUUCUCCCAUCCCAUUCUCUCAAAUUGCAGACUCCAUCUAAAUUAGGAUUAGGCUCUGCAUGUAGUAAUAGUAGAAACCCCAAGAAAAUGUCAGUUUCCUUUGAAUCUGAUUCACUGAACUCGCAGCGGCCCUCUUCCUCCCACCUCAACGGAUUUGCAGCCACAGCUAUGGUGCUCCACAGCCCAUCUGGCCCUGACUCCAAGGCACCAGUCGAACCCGGGACUGCUUCAGAAACUCUUCCCGCUGGUACCUUGGAGCCUGAAUCCAGCCUUAACCGCAAAAGAAAAAAGAAGAAACAUAAACGCAAAUCAGAGGGAGUGGGAGAGGAGUGCCCACCACCAGAGCCUGAGGUAUCUGCAGAGGCCAGCUGCGAGGAAGCGACAGAGGUCCCUCACAAACAGAAGAAGAAAAAGAGGAAAAGGAGGAGGGACGAGGAGUCAGGGGCAACGGACCCUCUCAGGACAAGCGUGCACACUCACCUGGAGGAGAAGGAAGAGGACUGGAGUCUCGCUGGAGCAUGGAGCAUCACUACGUGCACACAGCACAGUGAGAAAGGUGAGCCCGAACACACGGCCAGACAGGGCGACGCUUCAGGAGAAUCUACCUUGCACAGUCCUGGAGGAACGGCAACGAGAGUCAAAAAGAAGAAAAAGAAGCAAAGCGAGAAACACAGAGAGACAACUGUAGAAGAAAUGGUUCCAGAGCCUGUGUUGGAAAGCUCGAUACUGGAGGACCAACAACCAGCAAUGAACACGGAUGAACUGACAGAAUCAAAAAAGAAGAAAAAGAAGCACAAAAAAGAAAGGGAGGACAAAAUCAAGGAAAGGAGGAAGAGAAAGAGGAGUGUGAGUGACGAGGAAGAUGCUGGUUUCGAUCCCAUUCCAGUGGAGCACACUGUUAACGGGGAAAGAGACAGAGAAGCCAAACAAGCUGCAGUCUUCGUUUGGGACAGCCAGGUUCAGGAUGGUUAUAAACGUACAGUGAACGCUCCCACGUCGGAGAGCACUUGCCCAGCUCCAAAGCCUUCUAGUCUUGCCUGGGAUGGCAAAAAAGGGUCCAGUGUGGUGGAUGAGCUUCUUAAACACUCCAUGGAUAAGGCAUAUGGAACAGAAGUCCUGACUUGGGAGGGGGCUCUGUCUGCUGUCAGCCGGGAUGCUAUUGAGGAUGCUAGAUCUGCUAAAAACGACACUGUGAUUGAUGAAUGGGACGAAGAUUUUGACACCGGAAAGGUUAAGAAAAUUAAAUUUAAAAAGGAGAAAAAGAGAAACUUCAACGUCUUCCAGAAAAUGCAGACCCAUCGUAAUUUCUGGUCGGCCACCCAUCCAGGGAAGUUUGCCAGCCUCGGUUACCGAUACUGAACUGGGAGGUUCGGGUAAAACAUAUACCUUUAAGAAUAUGGAAUAAUGAAGGGAUCAUACAGGGAUUCGGCAACGAGCAUCUGUAGAAGAUUUUGAGUCUCCUCCAUGCGAUGCAGUGAAUGUGAAAAUCAAACAUCAUUGUCAUUAUCCUCCUCCGUGUCUAAUGCUGUCUGGAGGCCUGAAGCUUCUCUGAACCAAAGGAAGGCUGGAAGCCAUAAGAGGACCGUACUGAACUGUAACUCACUGCGUGGCAUGCCAGCCAGCCGCUGCUGUGAAACAGUGUGUACAAACUGCUAGGUGCAGGGGUUCAUUUUUGAUUAAAUUCUAUUUUGACUCUGGGUCUGUUUUAGUAGAAUGUAUACCAAGUACAAAACCACUUCUUUACUAUUCUGCUAUCUUUAUAUUGAAGAAUAUAUGAACACAGUAGUGGUUCAGUGGUAAAGCCGUAAUGUUUUAGUGGCUUGUACUAAAUAACUGUAAUUAUAAAUGUAUAUGUUUGGUUUUCAUA